GUCAAAGCCCUGAAGACGGAUUGGCUGACCGACAAUGUGAGUUCGCCCUGCAUCUCCAUGCUUGCUUGUCUGCUUCGAGGAAGGCCCGGCUAACAAGUACAUACAACAGAACAUCGCCUUCUGGGAAGAGUUCGUCUCACCACCACCGCCUCCCCCUCCCCCACCUUCACCCCGCCCACCUCCGAUGCCCCUCCCCCAAAUUACCCUACCCUGACCUACCUAUCCCGAACCCGGUGGUUCCCAACACCCAAUUGGCCCGUUUUAUCUGACAUGGGCACUACAGAUGGCUCGAGCGCGAGAUCCUCCCCAAGUACCCUCAGGCCAGCAUCGUCCUUCUGCGACCGAGCAUGACCUUCCUCUUGAUGAAAGACCCCGAUGUCAAAUGCGUCACCACGGCCCUGCCCAACUUCUCGAAAGUGACGCAUAUCUUUCUACCCAUCAACGACAACCGUAAUGUGGCUCAGGCCGAGGGGGGUUCGCAUUGGUCUCUGCUGCUCGUUUCGACCAUCGACAGAGUUGCCUUCCACUACGACAGCCUCGGGGGAGCAAACUGCAAGGAGGCCCAGCACUGCACCAGGCAGCUCUCCCACAUUCUCAAGACGGACCUCAAGUACCAGCAGAUCGAUGACUGCCCGCAGCAGGAGAACGGAAGCGACUGCGGCGUGUUCGUCUGCAUCCUGAUGCGUCACCUGCUCGUCAAGCGCCUCCUCAAUGCCAACGCCCGUGAGAAGGUCUCCAUGAGCAUGGCAAACAAGAUCAUCGACAGCUACGGCGCCCGCAAGGAGAUGAUGAAGAUCAUCGAGUCUCUGCGCAAGGAAGGCGAGAGACGGCGCAGUGCUAGUCCCUUUGCGUCAUCGCACACCCCGCGUAUCGAAUAGGAUCCUGUGGCGGAAAACACCGAAGCUGGCCUGGGUCGUCCACAGCCCCACCGUGAAGGAGGCUUCGGGGACGAGGAGUUUAAUAUUUUGAGAAAACCAGACGGGCCCGAGCGGGAGGCAGCCAAGGGCGUACUGAGAAUUAAGGUGGUUCGGAGGACUGUCCUUCCCCCUCCUUAGACCACACCGAGAUGACGAAGAACAUGAGUGACGAGGCGUUGAAUCUGCCGGUACGGCGUACGGCGUUGGAAACGAGGCAACGUCCCCAAGGAUAUGGGUCUGGCAUGGAAAGCAAGAACUCUGAGAUGAUACUCCCCUUGUAUUUUGUCCUACUCCUCGAUAGCGAUGCAUAUUAUAGCGACUGCUUUUUACUUUGA